AUGGUUACACAAGAUCGUGUUACACAAAAUGAAGAUCUUAAUUUUGAUUUAGCUGGUCCAGCUUUUAAAGAAAUAUCCUCAGUGACAAAACUUAACAAAUUUGCUAAGGGAAUAAUUGCUAAGCAAUUAAAAAAGAAAAUGCAUCCUGAAGGCCAAUUAAAAAUAUAA